AUGGAUGAGGAGGCUGGAGGUUUAACCCAAGAUGAUUUUAUUUUACCCCCAGUGAAAUAUGAAUAUUUGGAUCACACGGCCGAUGUACAGUUGCACGCAUGGGGAAACACACUCAAGGAAGCGUUCGAACAAUGCGGCAUGGCGAUGUUUGGUUACAUGACAGAGUUGAAUUAUGUACAAAUCAAAGAAGUCCACACUAUUGAAGCAAACGCCGACGAUAUGAUGGGCCUCCUUUAUCACUUUCUCGAUGAACUGUUGUUCCUUUUUUCUGUUGAACCUUUUCUAAUAUGUAAGAAGUUAGCUAUCACAGAAUUUAACACGGAAGAGUUCAGAAUAGUUUGUAAGUGUUACGGUGAAGAAUUUGAAAUAGGUAAACACCCUCAAGGUAGUGAAGUGAAAGCUAUCACAUAUUCAGCUAUGCAGAUAGUCGAAGAACCAAAAGAUAAUAAGUACGAAGUAUUUGUUAUAAUUGAUAUAUAA